AGAUACCCCGAAAAGAACCAACAAGUCACAAGUGUGCAGGGCCCCGGACGAGAGCACUUCACCAACCAACCAAGAGAAAUUCCUCGCCUCAACACUCAAUUUCUUGCCUGGCCUCGGCCACAUCGAUCUGCCAAAUUCUCGAGCACUGGUGGGCGCGGGGGCGAAUGGUGGAAGGCGGCGACGGCGGCGAGGUGGCGGACGGGUUGCCGACUUCGGGUUUGGCCUCUCCUGUCCAUUCCUGGCCCGCUUGAUGGUAGCAAGGGAAAUAAAGAUGACAACCAGUGAAAACUUACGCACGGAACUGUUGUCGAGGACUCCACCUUUUGGUUUAAGACUAUGGGUUGUGCUUGGCAUAAGCAUUUGGGCUGCAAUACUGUUUGUCCUGGGCUGCAUAUGCUUCCUGCUGAUAUACUGGAGGAAACAAGGGAAUCGGAAUCGCAGUAAGAUUUCUGAACCUGAAAUCCCUGAUGUAACCAAAGAGAUUGCAGUAGAUGAAGCGGGCAGCCGAGCUUUUGUCGAGAAUUUCUGUGCCCAAGAAACUCACAGCUUUCCGGUCAAGGGGAGAUAUACUGAGAAAGAUUCAGGGAAACUGUUGGCUCACUCGAUUACGAGUGAAUCAAGUGGUGACCAUAAUUUUAUUGAGUGCAUCUCAGUGAAGCAAUAUGAUAGGAGCCACUCUGGUGAUGAGGGCAGCUCAGCGUAUGAUAAGAGGCAGUUUUCUCAGUCUGCCACCAUGUCCAUGUCUCCCAGGACUGGUCUCCCAGAGUUCUCUCAUCUGGGUAUGGGUCAUUGGUUUACUCUCAGAGAUUUGGAGCGUGCAACAAAUGGGUUCUCUAAUGAGCAUAUCAUCGGAGAGGGGGGAUAUGGGGUUGUUUACCAUGGCCAACUUGUAAAUGGAACUGAUGUUGCCAUAAAAAAGCUUUUUAACAAUAUGGGCCAGGCAGAAAAAGAGUUUAAGGUCGAAGUUGAGGCCAUUGGUCAUGUUAGGCAUAAAAAUCUUGUCCGGCUUCUGGGUUAUUGCGUUGAGGGAAGCCACAGGAUGCUUGUCUAUGAGUACAUCAGCAAUGGGAACUUAGAUCAAUGGUUGCAUGGUGCGAUGCGUCAACAAGGUGUUCUUACUUGGGAAGCCCGCAUAAAAGUUACCCUUGGAAUUGCUAGAGCAUUGGCUUAUUUGCACGAAGGGAUAGAGCCAAAAGUGAUUCACCGUGAUAUCAAAUCAAGUAAUAUCCUUAUUGAUGAAGAAUUCAAUGGCAAACUUUCUGAUUUCGGAUUAUCUAAGCUCUUGGGUGCAGGCAAGAGCCAUAUUACUACUCGAGUUAUGGGAACUUUUGGCUACGUAGCACCUGAAUAUGUAAAUACGGGGCUGCUAAAUGAGAAGAGUGAUGUCUAUAGUUUUGGGGUACUUCUCUUGGAAGCGGUGACUGGAAGGGAUCCAGUUAACUAUGGUCGGCCUGCUAAUGAGGUUCAUAUGGUGGAGUGGCUUAAACUGAUGGUUGGCAGCAGGAGAGCAGAGGAGGUGGUUGAUCCUGAAAUGGAGACUAAGCCAACUAAACAGGCUCUGAAGCGUGCCCUCCUACUCGCACUCAAGUGUGUAGACCCUGUUGCUGACAGAAGGCCUACGAUGGGUCAGGCCGUCCAUAUGCUAGAAGCAGAGGAUGUGCCAACACGGGAGGAUCGGAGGAAGAGCCGGCUGGCACAAAUAGAUGGUGGCAACACCUGACCUCGGUCAGUCCCCAAAUCAAGGUUGCGGGUGUUUGAAAGUUUUUAUGAUUGGAAAGAUUCAUCUUGGGACAUACAACAUAAAUAAAGCUCUUCACUUGGAAAAAGAUCAAAUAAAGCUUUUGCUGGUACUGGAUGGAAGAGACUACUUGGUAAGAUGGGAAUCCACAUUUUCCACAAAAGUAAACCUCGACAGCCUGAAUUGAAGGGCAUAAUUGCACUUUAGAGUUCAGAGCACAUCAUAUGAAUUUUAAAAUGGACAGCGAGUAUGCUCAUUUUUACUGGGUGGCGAUGGCGAGGAUUUGUUUUCCCAUACAUUUACGGUGAUUGAUGUUUGGAAACCAGAUGAUCAAAUCCACUGUACAGUCUAAAGUAAUCUAGCACUAUCUUCCUUUUUUGACAAA